GCAGUAGCUGUUACAUAUGAGUUAUCCCAUCACCCGGUGACACUCCUCAACACAGCCACAUCAUUUCUGAGCCCAGCAGGAUAAACCUUAACAUGGCAGAACCACAAGUGAUGUUAGCCCACACAACUGGAAUCAAAGUGAAGAAAACCAUGCCUGUAGAUUUUAGUUCUACUGGAAUCACUGGAGCAAGCAGCCUUUCAGCAUGCAUCCCAUCCUGCAUGAGCCGAAAUAUACCCACCUGCACACCAGCUCAGAGGCCAUCCGGAGAGCCUGCCUGCCAGCCCCGCAGAUCCAAGGCAAUAUCUUUGCGGGCUUCGAUGAGACUUUGCUGAGAGGGGCUGAAGCCCUGGCAGCCGUGGAUAUAGUAUCUCAGAAAACCCAUCCUUUCAAGCCAGAUGCCACUUACCACACCAUGAGCAGCGUCUCAUGCACUCCUACCUCCUCCUCUGUUCACCUGCACCACCCUUCGGUCCUGACCACCCACCAUCCUCACCAUCACCACCACCAGCCCUCGCAGGGCUUGGAAGGGGAGCUCCUGGACCACCUCAACUCUGCCAUCCCUCUCGGGGGUGUCCCUGGACCUGAUGUGGGCUCCACGCCCUCCCAUCCGCAUUCCCACAUGUCCGCCAUCAACCACAUGGCCCAUCACUCUCAGUCUAUGAACAUGGCUCACCCGCACGGGUUGGCCUCCCACGCUGUCAUCUCAGGACCCGAGACAGAGACAGACCCCAGGGAACUGGAGUCCUUUGCAGAGCGGUUCAAGCAGAGAAGGAUCAAACUGGGAGUGACCCAGGCGGACGUGGGCUCCGCCUUGGCGAACCUGAAGAUCCCAGGCGUGGGCUGCCUGAGUCAAAGUACCAUCUGCAGGUUCGAGUCCCUCACCUUGUCCCAUAACAACAUGGUGGCCCUGAAGCCCAUCCUGGAGGCUUGGCUGGAGGAGGCGGAGCGGGCGCAGAGGGAGAAAAUGACCAAGCCUGAGAUCUACACGGGUGGGGACAAGAAACGCAAGCGCACCUCCAUAGCUGCCCCAGAGAAGAGGUCGCUGGAAGCCUAUUUUGCUGUUCAGCCCAGGCCCUCUUCGGAGAAAAUCGCAGCCAUUGCGGAGAAGUUAGACUUGAAGAAGAACGUGGUGCGGGUCUGGUUUUGCAAUCAAAGACAGAAGCAGAAAAGGAUGAAAUUUUCUGCCACCUACUGAGAAGGGGCGGGAGGGGAGAGAAGAACAAACAGCAUCACCUCCAGAUCAGACCUCCUGCCUCCCUUUCCCAGCUCCCGCAGCAGAAACCAGGCAGUUCACGUUUUCCUGUAGUUUACUUCUUAAAAAAACAAAACAAAAAAACGGGGGGGGGGGGACCACCAAGAACUGAUAACUUCUCCCUCUUCUCGAGUCCGCGAUUGUCUUUGCGAAGAAAGGAACUGAUCAUGCUACCAUGGCUAAUAAAGACUUCGCUUUUUAAAGAAAAAAAAGAGCAAACAGCAACACACAGGAGAAACUUAGACAACUGUACAAUAGUCCUGGUGAGUGAAAAAGUCAGGUCUCGAGCCUUUGUUUGAGAGAAGACUUUGACCCCCGCUCCCCUUAUUAAUCCCUCUUCCACUGACUAUUACAAAAUGUAAGAGGAGAAAAAAAAUCAAUGAAACUUGAAAAAAGAUACAUGUUUAUUCCUCUCGGUUUCAUAUCCACAUUCUCUUCCUCUCUUUUUCUUUUUUCUUUUCCAUUUACGAGUGUAAAUAUGUUCUUGAGAUAUCACUGCACAGAUGUUGGAAAGUUCUGUUCUAUCGGGUUUCUUUGCUGUAUAGCACGUCAUUCAUGUCAAACUCUCUUUAUUUAAACAAGCAUUCACUUGAAGGGCUUCCCCCACCACACACACACCACACACACACACACGCAUGGUUUUCGUUGGCUUCUGACUAAUCUAGCAACAAAUCCAUCGCAUUUUUGCAAUAACUGUUCUGUUUCUACCUCAUCAGCUGAAAAAAUAGGAAAAAAGAAAAAAAAAGAAAAGAAAAAAGAGAAAAAAUAGCACGCUCAUAGAUUCAUGGUUUGUUUGGAAAAUUGGGGAUUUAUUUUGAUUUUGUUUCACUUCAAAAUUUAAUAUCCAUUAUAAUUUCACUGUAAAAAUACGCUUCGACAAUCAAAUCAUUAAAUCUCAUAUUUAUGAAGUUUCCCCUUGAAAUGAGGAAAGCAGUGGUGUAUCUGGGCAAUUUUCUUUUCACGGUAAAAAGUUCGUGGAUUUGGCUUAUGAGUUUCUCUCUACUGCACAAUUGAGUAGUUUGUGUGCGCGUGUUCUAUUCCAGGAUGCAUCGACCCAGGGGAAAGUUUUAUUUUUUUGAAAGGUCUAACUUAUAUGUAACUUAAAAAUUCACUAUGGUUAUCAAAAGUUAUUAGUAAAUAACUUAUUAUUUUGCAAAUAUUUAACUCUGCACUUUCUAAGGCAAGAAUAAUUUUUGCUUUGCAUAUUUAAUAGAGAAAUUUGCCUCUGUUUCCUUUUUUAAUGAUAAUUUAAUUUCGUUGUGUGUGUGCUGAAUGAAAUUUUGUGUCUCUGUAUGCUACAGAAUUUCAAAUAAACCAUGCACGUUUUACCUCA